AUGAACCCACCGUGCGCACGCUGUGGGAAAAUUGUCUAUCCGACGGAGAAAGUCAACUGCCUUGAUAAGGUCAGAUCACAAUUUCAAUGCACUGUUAGGCUGUUCUCUAUAUCAGAAUUGACUGCGCUGUAUUUCAGGAGUCUGUUUGUGGAUUUUUAAACUUCGAUUCAAACGUAUCUUUGGCCACAUAACCUAAUGUCACAAAACAGUGAGUGCACUGAUACACACAAAACCAGAUUAUGCCAAAAGUUAGUUUUUUGUUGUUGUGGUUUUGGAUAGCUUGUGUUAUUCUGAUGAUAGGUGUAUUAUAAUAGCGUAUCUAUUGUAGCAUAACGUUACACUCUUAAGAAAAAAGCGUUCCAAAACGGUUAUUCGGCUUUCCCCAUAGAAUAACAAUUUUUGGUUCCUGGUAGAACCGUGGGUUCUACAUGGAACCCAAAAGGGUUCUACCUACAACAAAAAGGGUUCUACAUGGCACCAUAAAGGGUUAUUCAAGGGGUUCUCCUAUGGGGACAACCCUUAGUUAGUUAUCGUUUAAUAGCCCUUUGUAUUAUUGAUGUCUAAAUCAGGCCUAGGUCUAUACUAGCCUACAAUUACUACUACUACAGGUUAAUAAAAGUGAGCAUCAUAUGUCUGCUAAACCAACCCUAUAUAACCUUUAUUUUGACCCCUUUUGUAAACCUUCAACCCUUGGCACUGCUUUUCCUGCAGGCCUACCCAUUAUCUAAACCCCUAACCCUGGUCCUGGCUUAAUGGCCUUAUGGUACCAAUGUGGCCCACCUUCUAAGGACAUCACACACAUUACACCACACUUACAUUACAUCACACACAAGCAAUGAAAUUGAACACAUCAUGGGCAUUGACUACUGUCUGUCACCCAUCCAAACAAAUCUAUGGCCGAUACGCCAGUGGACAGUCGUAGCACAGGUAUAUCUGCAACCAAAUGUAUGGCCUAUUGUACAGCUCUGAAACCUACCACAUACACCAAAGACAUAUUCUUAGUUCAAUCAUUUGCUCAAUUUAGAAUCAGCAAUUACCUAAGGAUGGGUUGAAAUAGAUACUGUAACCUUUGUUUAAUUAAGAGAGCUUUUUUAUUUUCUUCUUUUGGGACCUUUAUUCACUUAAUUGUUUAGAACCACUUCUCUUGGUUGUGAUAAUAGAAAUCUGGAAUAUCAGUCAUGUCUCUGCGCCUUUCAACUAAUAAAGGCAGUUAUUCAUUCACGAUGAUCAAAUUUGAGCACCAGCACAAGGCCAAACUGAAUUGAAAUAUCAUUUCUGUUUUCCUUUCCAGAAUUGGCAUAAAGGAUGCUUCCACUGCGAGGUGUGCAAAAUGACCCUGAACAUGAAGAACUACAAAGGCUAUGAUAAGAAACCCUACUGCAAUGCGUGAGUACAGUUGUUGCUUUAGCUAUUUAUAUGCUUUGGUUUUAGGGCUUAAGUCAGUGGUCUCAAACAGUUUUGUUGAUUAAGUGGCAGAAGUAGGGUAUGGGCAAUGGGCGUUAAUGGGCAAUGCGUUAAUAGUGGAGGUGAUUUGGAAUCACGCUCUCGUGAUUAGGUGGACCUGCCUGACACUGUUUCACCCUUGCCCAUGAGGAUAUCUUCUUGGUCUAAUGGUUAAGGUGUUGGGCUGGUGAGAGCGAGACCAGGUUCGAUUCCCAUGAACAUAGAAAAAUGGAGUUGAGUCCAGAUGAGAAUUUCCUAACAAGUCAGUGUUACAGUACAGGGGAGAUACUGCAUACAUGUGAGAGAGGAGGCCCAUGUCUGUCCUUGUCUCCAAAGCCUGAUUAAUCUACUAGUAAUCUCAGGCUUGUUACAUCUGAAACACACUCAUGACAUCCAGAUGUGUCUGGUUUUCCCUGGCUCUUAGGGCAAAGCUCUCAGAUGAGAAAUCAAAAGCGUAGGCUGGAGACUGGCCUGUUGCAUAGAACAACAUGGCAAGUUGGGCCUUCUAUCAGAGAGCACAACAAGUCUAUUUCAGUCCCCCAGCAUGAAAGCAGAUGGAGGGCCAACGCUUUUGACUGGUUUUCUGCUUUGCUUUUCUCUUUACUUCUCAGAUAAACAGCCCUUGGCUUAUUAGAGGCUCUUGCAGUAGCGUACGGAAGAUUAAUACACUGUAGCUCAGCUGGUAGAGCACGGCGCUUGUAAUGCCAAGGUAGUGGGUUCGAUCCCCGGGACCACCCAUACACAAAAAAUAUAUGCACGCAUGACUGUAAGUCGCUUUGGAUAAAAGCGUCUGCUAAAUGGCAUAUUAUUAUUAUUAUUAUAUUAUAAACACAAUUACAGGAGUGCAAUUACUGUCAUUUACAUUUAAGAGCACAUGACAUAAUACAUUCUUUGUUCUAUUUAUACCAUGGCAUUGUUGAAUACUCUUUUCUGAUUGGCUUGAAAGGCAUUCUAGAGCAUGCAUUAUUUCUCUAUAACGGACAGCAUAUUUGCAUGGUAGAAUUUAAUGUCUAUAGUUCAUUUUUACAAGUUUUAUUUGAGCUGCUUUUGAAAGCAAAAGUCGAAUUGAAAACAGUAUUGAUAUUGUUGAAUUUGAUUUUUAUAAUAGCAACCUAGGACUGUUUGUGUGGUUACCAUGGCAACUACUGUAGCUAUCUAUUAAACUUGCUAGCUACUUCAGUGGAUGUUGAACACAUUUCUACCAGCAAAUGAACACAUUUCUAGCUGCAAAUGUAUUAAAUUAUAGCAAUGGUGUAAAAGGGAUAAUCAACUUGGGGCUCUAUGCGUUCUCUUGAAAAUAAUGCAACUCCGUGGAAGGUCAGUUCCACUCCGCUAGCGCGUUGUGGAACACACCUUCCACGUCAUUCAUUAUUUUCCAUAGAACACAUAGCCCCUCGUUGAUUAUCCCUUACAUAAACCACAGCUCAUGUGCUUGGUUACCUCUACCGAGCUCUUGUUCAGAUCUGCAGGGAAGGGGUGUAUGGACACCCACUUACCUGAACGAGUGUGGGUGAGAUCAAGGGUCUGAUGCUAGUGUGGAACUAUAGUGCAGUUUGUUGAAGAGGAAAACACCUCCAGCAUUUCAAUAACAGCAUUUUAAAGUACAUUGAAUGUGCUGUCCUUGUGUUGUUAUUGAUAGGGUUGUGUGUAAAGGUAGGCCACCACUCUUGCCAAUGAGCAGUUUCAAUGUAGCUUUCAUUUGAACAAUAUAUCAACCAUACACAAUAUUUAUUUUCUGUAUUAUCAGCACGCACACACACAGUAGAAAUGCCCCAAAAAUGUUUUCAUCAAAUAUCUUGUUUGUUGCAUGCCGCUUCAACACAUUUGUUUAGAGAAAUCCCCAAGAAAGGACUGCAUUAUAAAUUCAUACAGGAAAGUCUACCGAAACACAGCCUCUAAGUCUACAAACAGAACACACUUUGUCCUACCUUUCUCACACACCCAAUAGCAUUGCAAAUUCAUUAUUUCAAUUGAUGGGGCCAAUACAAAGAUAAUUUAAACGGAUGUUAAACUGUGCCUGAAAUCAAAUUAACCGAAAUUAACACAAGUUUGUGUCUGGAUGCACAUGGUUGAAAACUCGCACACACUUUGUCCUGGUGAUAUUCAGCAUCACUGAAAUUAAGGUGUUCCUCAAUGUAUUGGGGUGGUGAACUCUUUUAAUUAAGCCCCACCCCCACAGGUUCCAAACCUUGGAUCAAUUCCUCAAAGGUUCUUAUAAUAACCGAGGUUCUUGGGACUCUCUCUCUCUCCUCUCUCUCUCUCUCUCUCUCUCUCUCUCUCUCUCUCUCUCUCUCUCUCUCUCUCUCUCUCUCUCUCUCUCUCUCUGUAUCCCAAGCUCCUCACUGCCCCGUCUUUUAACAGGGGGAAGAUGAAAGAGAAAAUUGCGGAAGGAUUAGAAAAGCACAUUAUCAGCACUGUGCCGGGAUUCAGGCCCCCCCCCCCCCCAACAUCAACAAUCAACAUGCUCAACUCUCUUAGGAUUCUGUGUGUUAUUUAGUGCAAUACAUGUUCAGCCCUCUGCUACCUUCAUUUACACAUUGGUGCAGUAUACAUCUCUUUCUCUCUUUCUCUUUCUUUCUUUCUUUCUUUCUCUCUCUCUCUCUCUCUCUCUCUCUCUCUCACUCUCCUGCUCGCUCUCACUCUCUUUCUUGCUUUCUCUCACCCUCUCUAUUUUGCUCUCUCUCUCUCUCUCUCUCUCUCUCUCUCUCUCUCUCUCUCUCUCUCUCUCUCUCUCUCUCUCUCUCUCUCUCUCCCUCUCUCUCUCUCUCUUUGUUCUAUCUCUCUCUCUCUCUCUUUCAACAUUUUGGGGAAAAGGAAUUCUACUUAGCCUUUGACCUCCAUGGUAAAGCUUCUCUUUCAGAGUCUCAGGACAGAAUCUACCAAGUUGCAUUAAUGGAUACUUAUCCCACUGGCUUCCUCUGUGUCUAUGUACUGUAUCAAGUGAAAGCAAGAAUACUUUUGCUCUUGGAUUCUCCAGUAUCUCCCUGUAUGCACACAUAUGUUGUGUCAGAUUUUGGGUCAUGAUACAGUAAUACAGUUGUAAUAAACUCUAAAAUCUUACAGAUUGUGCCUUACAUUUACAUUUUAGUCUUAUACUGAGCGACUUACAGUCUGUCCUGGGGUAGUAUGAACCAAGUGAGACCCUGGAGUCACUCGGUCCAGCGUUCACCUCCACUUAAAGUGGCAAUCAGCAGUAGGAACAAUAACAAAGCGUUCUCCCCUCCCCUGUUUCAGUAAAAAGCUGAGGGAUGGGGCUGGAGAAGUGUAACCACUCUCAAAUUCAUAGACAGAGCUAUGGAUGCAAGGACUGACCAUCCAUGAUAUAAAAAUUAUAGUUUUAACUAAAAUGUUUUUAGGCUAUAUAGUAUGACAGUUAAACUAAGCUUAUGAGGUAUUUAUAAGUUAUAUUCUUCAAGAAUCAAUGUGUACAUAUCAUUAAUUUAUAAGUGAUGUAGCAACUGCAUAUUGCCCCUUUAAUAGACAAUGCUUUGAGCUCACUGCAGGUCAAGGAAAAAGUCAAUUAUAUGUCAGGGGAAGAGGAAAUAUUUAAUCUGCCAUUCCUGGCUCUUUUUAAAUAAACCUGUGUAACACUGUGUGCCCAGUUCAUCACUAAUAUUUAAGCAUCCACUCUUGCAGUGCAGUAUUGCAGUGUAGAGGAUGGAUUAUGUUCAGUCAUGCCAUUUCCAUCUUUUAAAUGCAAAUUUCUCUGUAAAAUAUUUAUAUUCAUAUUUAUUUUUAAGUUAGAAUAAUUACAGUAUGUUAUCUAAUGUCUGACUGCUCAUUAGAAAGUGAUGAUGCAAAGAUGUAUGCCAUUUCUGAGCCUUUCGUGUAGUGCAAUUUUGUAACUACUGCCAUUGAGGGACAUGACAAAUGCCCCAAAAGCUAAGUAGCAUUUCAAACACACAAGAUAAGAGGACGUUUCAUUGUACGCAACACAUACAUACAUAUGAGGGAAACUUAUGUAACUCUCUGACUAAUCUUUUAUGAGAUGACCCAGAACUGAAAAGCUGUGAAAAGGCAUAGAUCUGAGGCAUAGGAUAUUUUAUAGAAGAAGAAUAUUAUGCAUGAAUAGUUGAACAAACAAAAGCAAAACCAUUAGUUACAGUUGAAGUCGGAAGUUUACAUAGACCUUAGCCACAUACAUUUAAACUCAGUUUUUCACAAUUCCUGACAUUUAAUCCUAGUAAAAAGUCCCUGUCUUAUGUCAGUUAGGAUCACCACUUUAUUUUAAGAAUGUGAAAUGUCAGAAUAAUAGUAGAGAGAAUGAUUUAUUUCAGCUUUUAUUUCUUUCAUCACAUUCCCAGUGGGUCAGAAGUUUACAUACACUCAAUUAGUAUUUGGUAGCAUUGCCUUUAAAUUGUUUAACUUGGGUCAAACGUUUCGGGUAGCCUUCCACAAGCUUCCCACAAUAAGUUGGGUGAAUUUUGGCCCAUUCCUCCUGACAGAGCUGGUGUAACUGAGUCAGGUUUGUAGACCUCCUUGCUCACACACGCUUUUUCAGUUCUGCCCACAAAUGUUCUAUUGGAUUGAGGUCAGGGCUUUGUGAUUGCCACUCCAAUACCUUGCCUUUUUGUCCUUAAGCCAAUUUGCCACAACUUUGGAAGUAUGCUUGGGGUCAUUGUCCAUUUGGAAGACACAUUUGCGACCAAGCUUUAACUUCCUGACUGAUGUCUUGAGAUGUUGCUUCAAUAUAUCCACAUAAUUUUCCUUCCUCAUGAUGCCAUCUAUUUUGUGAAGUGCACCAGUCCCUCAUGCAGCAAAGCACCCCCACAGCAUGAUGCUGCCACCCCCGGGCUUCACGGUUGGGAUGGUGUUCUUCGGUUUGCAAGCAUCCACCUUUUUCCUCCAAACAUAACGAUGGUCAUUAUGGCCAAACAGUUCUAUUUUUGUUUCAUCAGACCAGAGGACAUUUCUCCAAAAAGUACGAUCUUUGUCCCCAUGUGCAGUUGCAAACUGUAGUCUGGCUUUUUGAUGGCGGUUUUGGAGCACUUGCUUCUUCCUUGCUGAGCGGCCUUUCAGGUUAUGUCGAUAUAGGACUAAUUUUACUGUGGAUAUAGAUACAGUGCCUUGCAAAAGUAUUCAUACCCCUUGGUGUUUUUCCUAUUGUGUUGCAUUACAACCUGCAAUUUAAAUUGAUUUUUAUUUGGAUUUCAUGUAAUGGACAUACACAAAAUAGUCCAAAUUGGUGAAGUGAAAUGAAAAAAAUAACUUGUUUCAAGAAAUUCGAACAAAUAAAUUACGGAAAAGUCACAUAAUUAGUUAAAUAAAGUCCACCUGUGUGCAAUCUAAGUGAUACAUGAUCUGUCACAUGAUCUCAGUAUAUAUACACCUGUUCUGAAAAGCCCCAGAGUCUGCAACACCACUAAGCAAGGGGCACCACCAAGCAAGCGACACCAUGAAGACCAAGGAGCUCGCCAAACAGGUCAGGGACAAAGUUGUGGAGAAGUACAGAUCAGGGUUGGGUUAUAAAAAAAUAUCAGAAACUUUGAACAUCCCACGGAGUACCAUUAAAUUACUAAAAAAUUGAAAGAAUAUGGCACCACAACAAACCUGUCAAGAGAGGGCCGCCCACCAAAACUCACGGACCAGGCAAGGAGGGCAUUAAUCAGACAGGCAACAAAGAGACCAAAGAUAACCCUGAUGGAGCUGCAAAGCUCCACAGCGGAGAUUGGAGUAUCUGUCCAUAGGACCACUUUAAGCCGUACACUCCACAGAUCUGGGCUUUACGGAAGAGUGGCCAGAAAAAAGCCAUUGCUUGAGGAAAAAAGUAAGCAAACACAUUUGGUGUUCGCCAAAAGCCAUGUGGGAGACUCCGCAAACAUAUGGAAGAAGGUACUCUGGUCAGAUGAGACAAAAAUUUAGCUGUUUGGCCAUCAAGGAAAACGCUAUGUCUGGCACAAACCCAACACCUCUCAUCACCCCGAGAACACCAUCCCCACAGUGAAGCAUGGUGGUGGCAGCAUCAUGCUGUGGGGAUGUUUUUCAUCGGCAGGGACUGGGAAACUGGUCAGAAUUGAAGGAAUGAUGGAUGGCACUAAAUACAGGGAUAUUCUUGAGGGAAACCUGUUUCAGUAUUCCAGACAUUUGAGACUGGGAUGGAGGUUCACCUUCCAGCAGGACAAUGACCCUAAGCAUACUGCUAAAGCAACACUUGAGUGGUUUAAGGGGAAACAUUUAAAUGUCUUGGAAUGGCCUAGUCAAAGCCCAGACCUCAAUCCAAUUGAGAAUCUGUGGUAUGACUUAAAGAUUGCUGUACGCCAGCAGAACCCAUCCAACUUGAAGGAGCUGGAGCAGUUUUGCCUUGAAGAAUGGGCAAAAAUCCCAGUGGCUAGAUGUGCCAAACUUUUAGAGACAUACCCCAAGAGACUUGCAGCUGUAAUUGCUGCAAAAGGUGGAUCUACAAAGUAUUGACUUUGGGGGGGUGAAUAGUUAUGCACGCUCAAGUUUUCUGUUUUUUUUGUCUUAUUUCUUGUUUGUUUCACAAUUUUUUUUAUUUUGCAUCUUCAAAGUGGUAGGCAUGUUGUGUAAAUCAAAUGAUACAAACCCCCCAAAAAUCCAUUUUAAUUCCAGGUUGUAAGGCAACAAAAUAGGAAAAAUGCCAAGGGGGGUGAAUACUUUCGCAAGCCACUGUACUUUUGUACCUGUUUCCUCCAGCAUCUUGACAAGGUCCUUUGCUGUUGUUCUGGGAUUGAUUUGCACUUUUCGCACCAAAGUACGUUCAUCUCUAGGAGACAGAACAUGUCUCCUUCCUGAGCGGUAUGACGGCUGCGUGGUCUCAUGUUGUUUAUACUUGCGUAUUAUUGUUUGUACAGAUGAAGUGGUACCUUCAGGCGUUUGGAAAUUGCUCCCAAGAAUGAACCAGACUUGUGGAGGUCUUCAAAAAAAAUUCUGAGGCCUUGGCUGAUUUCUUUUGAUUUUCCCAUGAUGUCAAGCAAAGAGGCACUGAGUUUGAAGGUAGGCCUUGAAAUACAUCCACAGGUACACCUCCAAUUGACUCAAAUGAUGUCAAUUAGCCUAUCAGAAGCUUCUAAAGCCAUUGACAUCAUUUUCUGGAAUUUUCCAUGCUGUUUAAAGGCACAGUCAACUUAGUGUAUGUAAACUUCUGACCCACUGGAAUUAUGAUACAGUGAAUUAUAAGUGAAAUAAUCUGUCUGUAAACAAUUGUUGGAAAAAUUACUUGUGUCAUACACAAAGUAGAUGUCCUAACCGACUUGCCAAAAAUGUAAUUUGUUAACAAGAAAUGUGUGGAGUGGUUGAAAAACUAGUUUUAAUAACUCCAACCUAAAUGUAUGUAAACACCCGACUUCAACUGUAUGUGUUGCAUCAAAGCAUGUCAUUUGAUAAUCCUCUCUGUCACAAAGGUUUACCUGCUGUCUUAACACGAGGAGUGCAUCUUAAAAUCAAAAAGACUGCAUCUUCACCUCAUCUCCUUGCCUCUUCUACAGUAACAUCAACAAACGGGAC